GGUAGCUGCUGUUUGAAGAUGGAGACCGACGCUGAAGCUGAAUCACCGUCGGAACCACUAGGUGUACAGCCCAGUUCCAGUGGGCGAGAGUCCACUUCUGGGCCAUUCCCUUCUUUGGAUGGGGUUUCCACAUCUUCGCGGGCAGUGGAAACCACAGCAACUGUCACACCUGCAGCAGCCACCCCAGACACCAAAACAGCUGCGGUAGCUACAGACGCCCCAGUGCUCUGCCCUGAACCCAGCCUCGGAGACUCCUCCUCUGAAACGCUCGAGGAUCCUUACCCUAGUUCCCACUUUGCCCACAAGAUAGACCAGGAGGGCCUUGACGUUGAACCUACCCACCAUUCCAGUUUUGCCCGUGGUCAAGACACUACAAAUGUCCAUAGCUCUAGGCCUGGCGCUGUUCCUGCCUCUAGUUCUGAUCUGUACCAGGACCGUGCCCCUGACACUGGGCAUGUUCUCGGCUGUGUCUCUGACCCCAAGAUAUGCCUCAGGGCAAAGAUGUGCUCUAAUUAUGUUUGCUGCCAUCGCUGCUGUCACUGCAAGCCUCAGAAACAGCCCCCCUGGAAAGAUCUGCAAGUUUCAGAACCUGGGAACCGAGGGCUAUGGAGGCCUCCUGAAGCUGAAGAGGAAUGUGAGCUCCUCAGUAAAACACUGCCACGGGGCCAGUGUCUUCUCUACAACUGGGAGGAGGAGAGAGCCACCAACCACCUGGAUCAAGUUCCAAGCAUGCACGAUGGGUCCGAGAGCUACUUCUUCCGGCACGGACACCAGCGACUGCUGACCCUGCAGCCAGAGUUACCCAUGCCUGUCAGCACCACCCAGAGAGACUCCUACCAGCCCCCGAGAAACCACUAUUAUCCACUCAGAGGGAAGCGUGAAGCCAUGAUGGAGAUGCUUCUGAGCGACCAGAUCUGUAAAGAGGUGCUGGCAGAACAGGAACCUACAAAGAAGCUCUUUGAGGUUGAAUCUGUGACACACCAUGACUACCGAAAGGAGCUGGCAGGAGCAGGGCCUCCUGCCCCAACAAAGCCUCAUGACUACCGUCAGGAGCAGCCUGAAACUUUCUGGAGACAGAAGGCCCCGCAGCUACCGGGUGUCAGUUACAUCAGGACACUGGACACACCAUUCCGGAAGAACUGCAGCUUCUCAACACCAGUGCCGUUGUCUCUGGGACAGCCUUUGCCCUAUGAACCUGAGGAUUAUUAUCACCCAUUGGGAGAAACAUCUUCCCUUGCCUGCCACGGAGGAGGGCAGGGUAGAACUACUCCUACCUAAGGGCUGAGGGUAGAAGUGGGAUAGAGGAUACAGAUUCUGUCUCUGCCCGUCUGUGCUUGGUGAAAGGACUUGACAUAAAGGAGUCCCUCACCUUACAACAGCAAAGUUGGUGAUUUCUGUGAGUUACAAUGCCCAUCCCCUGUAAAUUUUCCUUGGAGUUGCCCCUAACCCAGACCAUGACACCACACUUUUGUUUUCUAUUCUAUAUUUGGCC